GCUCAGUCACUCUGUACUGUUCACUACUGCACACAUGGCUUUCACACUCACGGUACCCACACCGCAUCGGCACACCAUACUACAAAAUGGAGACCACGCAGUCACAGAACAUACCAGACACGUCGACCACGGUAUCAACCCUACCAUCGUCUUGCACUACACAUCACGAUGUACCAGCCAACGCUCUCAUACACCACCCCACGGCGCUGGACACCGGCCGAAGACCACCUCCUCCACCGCCUCCGCUUCAUCGAACACAAGACCUGGCCUGAAAUCGCCCAGGACCUAGGUCGCACCACGCCAGCCGUGCAAGGACACUACCAGAAGCUCAAGGUCGCGCGGUCCUCCUCCUUCGAAGACUGGGACACUGCCAUGGACCACUUUAUCAUCGACGGCCGCCACCGAGGGCUCACUUCCAAAGAGAUAGGUGCUGAGAUGGACAUUCCAGGUGAGGCAGUGCAGGGAAGGUGGUAUGAACUGCAGCAGCAGAGGAAGGUUCCCGAGGAUGUGUUAGCGAUUUGGAGGAGGAAGGGGGAGGUAGUUUGGAGUGGAAAGGAGGAUGAGGUUAUCCUCAAGGCGUGGAUGGAGGGUAUGAGUGAUGAUGAGAUUGUGGAGUGCGUGAGGUUUGAGGGGAAGUACAAGUGUGAUGUCAGGGAGAGGAGGAGGAUAUUGACCAAGGAAAACGGGCCAGUGUAUAGAAGGCUGAUGGGGUUGGAGGCGAUGAAGUCUGUGCCGCACGCGCUGGACAAGGCGUUGGGCAUGAAGAAGUUUGCUUGGAUGCAGUAGAGAGAAUCGGCAUGGGUGUCGUCCUGUCUGCCUGUUGCUGUCUUUGGAAGCAUACCGAUGGUUGUGUAGUCGUAACUGGGGAUCAAGAACGUAGCACUGAUGGAGUAAUGAUAACCUACGUGCGCUCGAGAUAGACUGAGAAAAUUGGAUGUGGUACUUUACCAUGGUGGUGUUAGCCGUCCGAGAGUGCACUCACAACCUCAUACCAUCGAUCUCUACGCAUGUGCG